CAUAUAUAAAAAAUAUGUACACUUCUCGAUCUAGUAUUUCUGACAUCGUUCAUACACCUCAUACUGUGUAUGAUAUAAUCAUAAUGAACAACAAGGCCAUCAGUACUAUCGUUAAGCCGAGCAACUACGUUGUUUGGUUCAUCGUCACAACUGCAGUCAUCAGUGCACAGAUUGAAAAUGGUUUUUCUCAAACUGUUCCAGAGAAACCGCUUGCAGUUCGUGCAAGAUAUGGAACUUCAUCAACUUCGAUUAGUCUUGCUGUAGCCAACACCAAUACAGGCGCUACACAUUAUAUAGCCUUGUAUGAGCACAACUCCAUAUUAAAAGAAGAGGUAUUUCCUUGCAGUGGUGAGGAGUUCUUCCCAACAGAACAUACUAUCGAUAAACUGUCUCCAUUUACAAAUUACACAUUUUGUGUGUAUUCCGUAAUACGAUCAGGUGGACCAGACCAAAACAGUUCCAGCUGCACAAAUUCAACACCACUUGUGACUACAGGUCCCGGUCCAAUUACCAACUUCAAUAUCAGUGACGUGAUGGAAACAUCCAUGUUAGUCGUAUGGGAAAAGCCAAAAAUCGAACACCGGAGAUUAACAGUACGGUACCAGCUAUUCGGUAAAGAUACUCAAUACAAUGACGUUACUAAUAACAAUGAAAAUGUUAAUCUGACAGGAUUGAAUGCUGGUGUGCGUUAUUCUGUUUGGACCGAGGUUACAUAUGAGGGCUAUACGGCGGCCGAACAAUCAAGCACAAAGUAUUCAUUAACAAAACCAUUUCCUCCUAGUAGCAUAACCAGUAGAGCAAUCGAUGAAACAACUAUCAUCAUAAGUUGGGAAGAGCCGUUGAUUGGAAAUUAUACUGGUUAUGAGGUGCAUUAUGACCCAAUCGGUGUUGGUUCACUAACGCCACCUAUAAACCUCGGACGGCAAGAGAGGUCCAUAACGUUGAGCAAUCUCACCCCAGCUACAAAUAUAACUGUUAAUGUCAGAGCUGUUGCAAAAGAUGAGGAUAUUCAACAAUUUAGUCGUAUACUUCAGACUUCACAAUUUACAAAACCAUUGGCACCUAUAGCUGAAAGUGUCCUAGCCACUGCUAUUAAUGAUACAGCCAUACAAGUGCGAUGGACGCUAGAAAGAGCACCCGUUGGAGGUUAUCAUGGAUAUCGGAUUUUCAUUAUACCAGCUACCGAAAAUGAACUAAAUUCGUUUCUUUCAUCGAUGGAUACAAACUUAUUCAGAAUAACCGACUUAUAUCCUGGAAGGUUGUAUAAUAUUAGCGUGAGGUC